AUGGCGACCAAAUCAAAAUCCACUCCAGGCGUGCCGUCUGCUGAGAAGAAGAUUGAGCUCUUCUCCGGCACGUACUUCGCAGCUUGCACAUUGGGCGGCAUCAUUGCCUGCGGACCCACUCACACCGCCGUCACUCCCCUCGACCUCGUAAAAUGCAGACGCCAAGUUGACCCCAAAAUCUACAAAUCCAACCUCCAAGCUUGGGGCACCAUCAUGCGCAGCGAGGGUGUCCGCGGUAUCUUCUUCGGCUGGGCCCCGACCUUUGUGGGCUACAGCUUCCAAGGCGCGGGCAAGUACGGCGCCUACGAGGCGUUCAAAUACUACUACGGCGAGCAGCUCUUCGCCGGCGCGCCCAAGACCCUGGUAUACCUAGGCGCCAGCGCCAGCGCCGAGUUCAUCGCGGAUAUCUUCCUGUGCCCCUUUGAGGCAAUCAAGGUGCGCAUGCAGACGACGCUGCCGCCGUUCGCGGGCAGUCUGCGUGAGGGAUGGAGCAAGAUCGUCCGCGAGGAGGGCUACGCUGGUUUGUACAAGGGCUUGUACCCGCUCUGGGCGAGACAGAUUCCCUACACUAUGGUCAAAUUCGCGACGUUCGAGAGCGCGGUCAACCAGAUCUAUGCGACUUUGGGCAAGCCCAAGGAGGAGUAUGGCACUUUGGCGCAGACGGGAGUGUCCUUUCUGGGAGGUUACAUUGCGGGAAUAGGAUGCGCGACGAUCUCUCACCCAGCCGACGUCAUGGUCUCCAAGCUCAAUGCCGACCGCAAAGCCGGCGAAUCCGCCGGCGCCGCCAUCGGCCGGAUCUACAAGAACAUCGGUUUCUCGGGCCUCUGGAACGGACUUCCCGUGCGCAUCGGCAUGAUCGGCACGUUGACUGCCUUCCAAUGGCUGAUCUACGACUCCUUCAAGGUCUACUUGGGUUUGCCGACGACGGGUGGUCACUAG